AUGGCCUUGUGGCCGAUAUUACUAUUGUUACCAUCAUGUAUCGGCUCAAACAUACCAUGUGGCAAGUCGUUCCUACCGUGUCCGAAUGAAGACUCAAAAACCGAGACGCCGUUUGUACGAGAAAGUAAUCUUGUGCAAUCACAUCGGAUACCGGACGGCUUGUUUUGGGUGGCGGCGAACGAAGCGAAAAAAGAAACGCACGCCUUGUUCAACUACACAGAUCCCGGCUUCACACAUUCUGGUCACCCACUGACCACGUCAGUGGAACAGUGGACGCAAAUGCAUCACAUCGAUCGAAAAGCAGUCGAACGAAGUAAGGCCGCCUACACUUCGAUAGCCAUCACCAAGAGACUCACACUGUAA